UCUUGUGGAGUCAGAACUUCAGGAUCCCGUCACAUCAGUCAGUCUGGGCCUGCUGAGUGAGGACAACCCCAUCACUUCUACUGUAACUCUCAACAUAGCCUCCUCAAGUUUGAUAGACUCUCCCGUGGUGUCUGCUGUUCUGGAGCCGACAGGGCUGUUAGCGGGGAACUUGCCAGGACACCUGUCUGUAGACGGGGGAGACUCCAGACAGAGUGACAGUGACUCCAUGGGGAUGACACCCGACGACGCUGUCAUUAACUUUUCUACUUCUCACGAUGACAGCGUGCACGCCACCAUCAAACAGGCGGUGUCCCAGGUCUCCCAGACCAUCCCCGCCUACCUCCUGACGGGGGACACCAUGGUCGACGUGGCGUCGCCGGGCGGGGCACUGCUCGGCAACAGCCUGCAGGAUGAGUUUGAGUGCAAGUGGCAGAAGGUUAAAUCUACUUGUGGGAAGAAAUUCAAGCGACUGGACGACCUUGUGAACCAUGUGAACGACCUUCACAUCCGCCCGGAGAAGGAAGUGGAGUACUGCUGUCGGUGGGAGGGCUGUGCUCGCAGAGGGAAGGGGUUCAACGCAAGGUAUAAGAUGUUGAUACAUGUACGGACACACACCAACGAAAAGCCACACAGAUGUCCCAGGUGCAACAAGUGCUUCUCAAGACUGGAGAACCUCAAGAUUCAUAACAGGUCACAUACAGGAGAGAAGCCAUACGUGUGUCCCGUGGAGGGCUGCAACAAGCGCUACUCCAACUCCAGCGACCGUUUCAAGCACACCCGGACUCACUACGUGGAGAAGCCUUACUACUGCAAGAUGGCCGGCUGCAACAAGAGAUACACGGACCCCAGCUCGCUCAGGAAGCACAUCAAGUCGCACGGGCACUACGUGAACCAGGACCAGCAGGAGGCCUGGCUCAGGAAGCAGCAGGAGCUGCAGCAGGCCAGACAGGAGCAGAAGAGGCAGGAGCUGGAGAAAAAACUGGCCGCCGAGCAGAGCGGGGACACCUCGGACGGGGAUGAUUCCUCGCCGAAUGACGGCAGCUCGCAGGCGGAUCUGACCAUUCCCGGUGCGCAGGAGUUUGUGAUGGCGACGUCGGCGGGACAGGACCAACAGGCCACCCUGGUGACGGUGGUCAGUCCGACGGUCAUCUGCCCCAGCCCGCUGGACUUGAGCAGUAUCUCGCACCUCCCCAACCACGGCCACACCUACAUCGCCACGCCGACCUACAUCGGGGUGGUGGCGUCCCCCACCACGCCCAUCGGUCUGUCCCCCAUCCUUAGUAAAUCUAACCCCUUCCUGUCCUCCACGGUGACAACAGGUGUGCUCGCUCACCUGAGCGCGACAACGGACAGUGUGGUCACCACCUCCAACUCCCUUCCCCCGCUGGAAUCCCCUACUAAAGGGGUCAGCUCAGAGGGGCACGAGCUGGACCAGUCGCUGAUCGCUUCCGGAAACGAACUGGACUCUGAGGUGCAGGACUUGUCGACAGACGGCACCUCGCGACACGCGGACGAACACUUGAUGGGACCAAAAGAAGUUGAAUCAUGAGAGGAGGAUGAUUUGCUGACUUGU